AUGUUUCCCAGAGUCUCACGUGAACAUCUGACAGGAGAUGUAGCGCAUGAGGAAGCUCCAUUUCUCGUGGAUCAUGAAAAGAGGUCGGAAAUGUCUGCAGGAGAUGCACGAGCUCGACCAUCAUUAGCUGGAAGGCAUCGUCUUUCUUCUUUUAACAUUUUGCUCCUUAUUCUGCUGUUCCUCUCCAAUGGUGCUUGGUGGGCUAGCUUGAACCAUAGGGGUGCGCAAGAACCAAUCACUGCUUGUGUUCGGCCCCAGCUUGUAUGGUCACCGGGCACGGCGGCUAUUGAAUACGACAGGGUAGUUUUAAACAGGUCAAUUGAAUCAGAGAACGUAUUCGCUGGCAAGCGCACUAAGGCUAUGGACGAAGCUUGGGCUGAACUCAUCAAGCCAAUGGCAAUAAAGAUAUCGAAAAAAGAGAUUGAGAGACUAGGAGAGACUUCUAUUUCUUUCAGGGACGGGUCAGGCUAUCUGGCUGAAAUGUCCGUUUUCCAUGAGCUCCACUGUGUGAAACAUCUUCGCGAACACCUGACUAUGGAUUUUCGUAACAUGACGGAAUUCGAGUUGGAUUUUGAAAGAGGACACGUAGACCACUGCUUGGAGUAUUUCCGGGAGGCAGCUAUGUGCAGGGGAGAUCCGACACUGGCCUUCUUCACGUGGGAUGCCGGAAUACCGAAAUCGAAAAGGGACACUACGAACGAAUGUGUGAAAUGGGACAAAUUGCGUACUUUUGCCGAGUCUCGUAUGGUCGAUGUGUCUGAUUACAGCAUCUUGAAUCAGGAUGGAUAAAAUGGACUUUAAUCGUCUCGUGUUUGAGUGCAGAUGCACGAACUUGUUCUUUUAUCGACGACUCUGAGUGGAACUUCAAGGCUGGGUAUAUAAUCGACCGAUUAAGAAAGAAACACUUUAUUUCUAAUACAUUACUACGGACGUACACAAACGUCCUCCGGUG